ACUGAAUAGUGAUAAGCUCUCUAACUCAUAUAAAAGUUAAAGUUUAGUGAGAAAUAAUAAUUGUGAAUAAUAUAGGCGAAGCCAAAAGUGCGUAUUUCUAUAAAUAUUAUCAUUGAUAUCGAAAAGUGUAAGAGCGUCAUCCAUAUUGAAAAGUAUUUCUUGAUUAAACCUAAUCACAUACCUACUAUUCAACACUGCAUUUUCAUUCUUUAAAGCAGUUUAAUAAGAUUAACUGCUGUUUGAAAAUAUUUCGAAUAUUUAAGUUUAAUUAAAUAAGAAAACUAUUAACCUCAAAGAAUGGAUAGAGGAGGCUAUCGGGGACGGGGAAGUUUUGGAAUGAAUGGACGCGGCCGUGGCAGAGGAAUGAUGAGGCCUGGAGGUUUUGGGAAUGGACCAAUGAAUGGUGGUAUGAUGAGAGGUAGAGGCAGAGGAGGACCAGAUCUGAGACGAGGACCACCAAGAAUGGGAAUGAAUCCAGGAAUGAACAGGGGAUCAGGUCGUGGACGUUUCCCUUCUGGUCCCAGAUAUUCCUCAGAAGGUAAUGGUUAUUAUCAAAAUCAAACACAAGCGGAAAACCCUCCAGCAGCUCCCGUACAACAACCUGAAGCAGUAACUACUGAAAAGCCAAUAACUCCAGUAACUCAAAGUACCAACAAUGUGCAAGUUGUCACCACAGGACAAACUCCAACAACGCCUGCACCACAACAACCUCAAGCUGCUCCUGUUCAAACCAACCCAACCAUAAACAGCUCUAGGGGAACAUACACACCCAGAGGAAGAGGAAGUUUCGGAUCUCGUGGUGGUUUCAUGGGUCGAGGACGAGGCGGUUAUCAAGGGCAAGGCGGUCCACCAAGACAGCAAUUCGACACACGACAGCCAUCAAAUUUAACGCCGGCAUCAACAAAUACUGGCUAUAAUCCAAUUAAAAGAGGUGGCUACCAAGGCCCUCCUGGCGCAAAACGAGGGCGAUACGAUCAAGGUCCUGGUGGUUAUGCCGGAAGUCGAAGUAUGGCUCCCCAAAAUCAGAUCUCGUCAAUGCCACCGCAGCAACAUCAUCAAAGCUCUUACAACAAUGUUCCACCUCAUGGCGGUUCAUAUCAAGAUCAUUCAUCCCAAUACGUUGAUCAAUAUCAAAACAGUGGUUAUAACAGCAUGCCACAACAAAGUGGCUACACGAGCAAUGGUUACGGUCAGUCCUAUGGACACAGUGCAGCUCCAGUCACCUACGACACGCAAACAAGUUAUGAUCAUACUGCAAAUAGUGGAUACACGGACUAUAAUGCAACAUCUUAUCAAACACAUGAUACAAGAUAUGCUGGUUACACGCAAGAUUAUCGACAGCCUUACGGUUCGUCUGCUGAUUAUGGGCAAGUUGCACAAGAUUCGACGUCUUAUUCAACUGGAGCUUAUGAUCGUGGAUCGUAUGGAAAUUAUGACUCAUACUCGCAAGGAUAUAAUGGUCAGUCAGGCUAUUAUUAAAUAGCUGAAUUAAUGUGUGAGUGUCACUUAAUAAUCUUAUUAAUCUUAAUUGUCCCAUAAUAAAACUCUUAAGCAACAAAAAUUAUUAAUAAUACUUAGUUAAGUGUGGACAUAAAUAAAUAAUAAAAAUAUGAAACUCUUCAAGUUUUAGAUACAUUUAAUGAAAAUAAAAGCAUAAGUUGAUAUGAAUGAAUUAAGAGAAUUACAAAUUAAAGUAGAUUUUAGAAAUUUGAUUUAGAAAUGAGAUUCUCAAGAUAAAGAAAGAUUUAAAAAUUAGAAACAUUCAUAUUUGACAAGACGAUCUAAACUUUUUUUUCAUUUUUCUUUUUAAAAAAUGUUUUUAAUUAUGCAAAAGAAUGAUUCGAUAUCAAGCUACUUAGUAGAAUGAUGAUUUUCCUACACAAGAAUUAUAUAUAAAUAUAAAAAAAGAACUCCACAAACUUCUUGAAAGCUUGACAAACAUUUCAUCAUUGAAAUAAACAAGAAACUCGUUGAAUGAUCAUUUGUUCAAUGAUGUGAACACAAAUUUAAUUUAUAUAGAAGAAGAUAUGACAAAAUAUUUCAGACUUUUAUUUUAGACAAAACAUUUCAAUUACUUUGACUGUCUGUAAUGGUCGUUAAGAGAAAAAAAACACAUAAAAAAAUUUUAAUUGCAUGACCUUAGCAAGGAUCAAGAUUAACAUUUUGAGAGAAUCGCUUUAAAACUCAUAAGCAAAUUUAUUUUAUAUAAUUAUGUAGUUAGAAUGUGGUUUGCGCCACAACAUAAAAAUGAUUUGAUUAUGCAGCUUCUUUCAAAGCUUUCUUUUAUUCCUCUUUCAAACAUUAAAUUAACUACAAUAAAAGCUAAAUAAAUGUGAAGAUUAAUGUAAAAUUCAAAGAACUUUCCAAUAAAAAUAUUUAGU